AUGAACAAUGCAACAAAGAAUAUCACUACUGUGUCAGAAUUCAUCUUGCUAGGAUUCCACUUUUCCCCAAAGAUUGUUGUUUCAUUUAAUAUAUUUUUGUUAUUAUCCUAUAUUUUCACAAUAACAGGAAAUGUUCUUAUUCUAUCACUAGUUAUCUCAGAUCGACGUCUGCAUAGUCCUAUGUAUUUCUUUUUGUGUAACCUAGCAACCUUAGAGAUUGGUUUCAGUAAUGUUGUUGUCCCAAACAUGUUAAGAGGUUUAUUACCAAGAGGAAAGUACAUAUCUCUUACUGGAUGCAUGUCUCAAUUCUACACAUUCUUUCUACUUGGAGCUGCAGAUUUUUAUCUUUUAGCCGUUAUGUCUUUUGAUCGCUAUGUUGCAAUUUGUCAUCCUUUACGAUAUGCUCUUAUUAUGACUAGACGUUUAUGUGUCCAGCUUAUGGUUGGUAUAGGAGUAGGAUCAUUUUUUUACACUCUUGUGCCAUCAAUUUUAGUUAUGCGCUUAUCAUUUUGUGACAAUAUGUUGAAUCACUUCUUUUGUGAUUUAGGUCCUUUGCUGAAAAAUUCUUGUACUGAUACAACAUCAAUUCACCUACUAGGAUUCUCAACCAGUUCCUUGCUUCUUCUUGGUUCUCUCACAGUCACCAUCAUAUCAUAUAUUUACAUUGUUCUAGCUGUUUUGAAAAUUCAGACCACAGAAGGAAGAGAAAAAGCUUUCUCUACAUGUUCUUCUCAUGCAUUAGUCGUUUCUCUAAUCUAUGGUAGCUGUAUUUUUAUGUAUGUGAGACCAUCUCAAGUUCAGGAUCUGGACAUUGAUAAACUGGUUGCUCUUCUCAAUGCAGUUGUAGUUCCUCUACUCAACCCAUUUAUAUAUGCACUAAGGAACCAGAAAGUUAAAGCUAUAUUAAAAGAACGACUAUGUAAAACACAAUACAGGUCGGAAAAGUAA